AUGAAUCAGAUAAGGUCGAUACAGAAACUUAGUGAAAGGGAGUUGGAAUGUGGGAUUCUAAAGCCAGAAAGCUCAUGGCAUCAUGAGUAUAAAGAUCAGGCCUACAUAAACUUUGGAGGGAUGCACCUCGAAUUGACAGAAGCUGAUAUUCUCACCAUAUUCUCCCAGUACGGCUGUCCUGUGGACAUCAAACUUGUACGCGACCAGACAACUGGAAAAUCUAAAGGGUUCGGGUUUCUCAAGUAUGAAGAUCAAAGAUCGACUAUACUUGCGGUGGAUAACCUAAAUGGAGCCAAGGUUUGUGGAAGACUGAUACGAGUAGAUCAUGCUUUUUAUAGGCCAAGAUCCGAUGAAGCUGAGUACGAGGAAGCUGUAAGACAAGAGUUGGAGAAGGAUUUCGCAAAAACAGGAGACGUACCGAGUGAACCCAUGAAGCAAGAAUCGGUGGCUGACCCGUUGGAUGAGUUUGCUGAUCCAAUGGCUGCGUUUCUGAAGAAAUGA